AUGGCUUCCUCUACCAUCUUCUUCUUCUCUUUCUACCUCAGCCUCUCUCUCCAUGUAUCCGCUGAUAACUCUAACGAUAUAUGUCCGGCGACAUCUUGUCAACAUGGCGGACCCGAGAUUCGCUUCCCUUUUCGACUAAGAGACGUCCAACCCGACCGAUGUGGCUAUCCGGGCUUCGACCUCUCGUGCAACAACCGAAGCCAAGCGAUUCUCCAAUUGCCUAACUUGCAAGACUUCGUAGUCUCCCUCAUUAACUAUGACCAACAAUACAUCGUGCUCAAGUACCCGAGCAACUGUCUAGCUAAGCGGCUUCAAAACCAGACGUUUUCGAGCUCGCUUUUCGUGGCGCAAGAGUACGGGAGCUUCACGUUCACGGAUUGCCCAGAUAAAUUUUUGCCAAAUUUCGGAAUGAGCCCAGUGGAUUGCCUCAGUGAUGAACACCACAAGGUACUGCUUUGUGAUGCCAAUGAUCCCGGCGCUCUAUACCUCCCGAUACUCGGUUGCCGUACUUGGAACGUGUCGGUUCCAGUGUCCCGGCAAUUAUUGAUGGAUAUAACUGAGAGGGUUUCCCUGAAGUGGGAUCGGCCGGAUUGUAGAUCGUGCGAGAAAAGGGGUGGGUGGUGCGGGCUCAGUGGUUCCACGGGCUCUCAAGUUGGAUGCUUCAGUAAACAUGGGCUUUCAAAAAGUGAAGCCAAAUACACGAUCCUCCGCGCUGUCCUGGCACCCUUGCUCCUUUGCAUGUUCGGAAUCACAUGUUACCUAAGCUCGCAUGCUCGAUUAUCUGGGCAUCCCGAUCGUCCCAGACAACCUCCUAACGGUAACGAUGGCGAAAACAACGUCGCGGAUAUCUUGUCUCCUUCGAGCCCCGUGACAAGAACUCGACGCACCUCCAAUGGCGCCGUGGGCCUCGAUUCCCUCGCGAUAGAAUCUUAUCCGAAGGUUCAAGUCGGUGAUGAUGGAAGGGUACCUAGGCCAAACGAUAAUAUUUGCGCAAUUUGCUUGUCGGAGUACCAGCCCAAGGAGAUGCUCCGGACCAUCCCCAAGUGUGGACAUUACUUCCAUGCGCAGUGCAUCGACCAGUGGCUUGGGCGGAACGCUUCUUGCCCGAUGUGCCGCAAUAAAAAGGGGAAUGUAUAA